GAACAUGUUCAAAGCAGUGCAGCGAGAACGAUCGUGAACAAUUGUCGAUUUAUCACGACUGUCGUUAUUCGUUUCCUUCGAGAUAACGAAAUCACACCAUUCGCAAUAACGAGAUCAGACUCGAAGAGUGCUUGGAUCCGAAAGUGUUCAACACAAUCACGCAAGAUGGUGAAGGCGAAGAAAUACAUACUGGUGAAUUAUUUCGUGAACGAAGCAAAGUCAACGGACCUAAAAUUAGUGGAGGAGGAGUUGCCGCUAUUACAAAAUGGAGAAUAUCUCGUGGAAACUGAAUAUCUUUCUGUUGAUCCAUACAUGAGACCUUAUGUGCGAGAUCUCCCACUCGGGACCACGAUGAUUGGUAGUCAGGUAGCAAAGAUCGUAGAAUCUAAAAACCCAUCCUUCCCAGUCGGCAAGAAAAUCGUCGGAAACUUGGGCUGGAGAACUCACACAAUUAUCGAUCCAAAAACCGAGGAUCUGUUUUUCAAACAAAAACCGUAUCUUUUGCCAGACAUAGAUGAGCUGCCGUCGUCUCUUGGUCUUGGCAUGCUGGGAAUGCCGGGUAACACAGCAUAUUUCGGCUUGUUGGAGAUAUGUAAACCGAAAUCUGGCGAAACAAUCGUUAUCAGCGGAGCCGCAGGUGCAGUCGGCUCACAUGUGGGCCAGAUCGCCAAAAAUCUAGGCCUAAAUGUUAUCGGCAUAUGCGGCUCCGAUGAGAAAUGCAAAUGGCUUACUGAGGAAAUGGGUUUUGAUUUUGCUAUCAAUUAUAAAACCAUGCCAGUUGCAGCCAGAUUACGCGAAGUUGCUCCGCAAGGCGUGGAUUGCUACUUUGACAAUGUCGGUGGGGAUAUCUCCGGUAUAGUCAUGUAUCAAAUGAAUCUAUUUGGUCGAGUAGCCGUGUGCGGCAGCAUAUCGAGCUACGACGCGGAUACCUCGUCCUUGCCUAAAUGCGCAAUCUUACAACCUGCUUUAGUGACAAAUCAACUGAAGAUGGAGGGCUUUAUUGUUAAACGUUGGUCGGACCGAUGGAAUGAAGGAAUCAUGCAGAAUCUGCAAUGGAUACGCGAGGGCAAACUUCGUUACCGUGAGACCGUCACCAAAGGCUUCGAGAACAUGUUCGAUGCUUUCAUUGGCAUGAUGCGCGGCGAUAACAUCGGCAAAGCGAUCGUCCAGGUGUAGAUAUCACAAUAUCAAUAGGCAUUUCGAAAUUUUUUUGUUUUAACUAUUCCUGCUUACUCGCAAUUC